AUGGCAAGUAAACGACGUAGCAUUGAGUUCGUUGAUGUGUCACGUCAGGACGCGUCUCUCCGGGAUGAGCAUGACAAGUCAUUCUACGGCGAUAUCCCCGUCGAGUUUGUCGGGGACAACCUGUGGAGAGUGGGAAAUAGGAUCUGUUCCCCUGUUGUGAUAAGUAUCAAUUUCGGCUCCUUCAAAACUCACAACUGCGCUUCUAGCCGGUCAGCUGCCGUGGAGUUACUUAGACCAGUGGACACGUCCCAGCAUGUCAGCUUUGCAGCACAGCCGUCAGUACAUACUGUGUCCGCAGAUAACGGUGGGCCGGAUAUAAUGCAGAAAGUCGAUGAUGGUGUGUCAGACAGCCUUGUUUCCUGUGAUGACAUGAGCCAGGACGAGUUGGAGUCUGAGUUCGACAACCUGGUGCGCCUCUUGGAAGUUUCCAGAAAAGACACCGGUGCUCUCCAAGCAAAGGUCAGAGAGCAAAACAAUCAAAUAUACACCCUGCAGCGCGACUUGGCCGGUGCUUCGGCUCAGUUAGCUGACCUUCAGGCAAGUCGCACCCAGGAGAGUAUGGAGAUUGAGAGAUGCCUGAAGCAGGAGUUGAAUGCUAAGCAUGAGCUGAUCCAGCGUCGGCUUGGUGAGAUAAGGACGAUGAAAGAAGAGAGCCAGCGCCAUAGUACUGACAUGGAAGCCCAGGUGGCUGAAACACAGUAUGCACAUCAGUUACUUGAGGCAAGUCACGGCGUGGAGAGUGACCAACGUCAAGAGCUCAAACAAGCACGCAUGCAAUGGAAAAGCGGUGUACGUGCACACCGACAAGAGUUAUCUCAUCUGAACGAGAAGCAUCAGAAAACCUUUAGCUUGGCUGAAGUGGGAGCGCGCUGCCAGGCACAGAACCAUGAUCGAGUCAUUCGGGAUCAGAGUGCAGCAUUGGCAACGCUAAGGCGCGGAGAAACACGGAGUCCUGCAGCGACUACGCCCGGUCUAUCCUCUUCAGCACGUAUGGAUGUUGACAGCCAACAGCUCCAGGACACACGGGGUCAGCUUGCAUUGCAGAACAAAGCUGCACUGGCCACCACCGCUGAGCUUCUAACCACGACAUCUUCCAACAACAGUGAGUAUGAGCUAAUUCACAACCAACUAGAGGCAGAGCGCCACGCUCAGCAUGAACUCUUGGCCACGCUAGAGGAGAGCGAGAAAGUGGUAAGUUCUGACAGCGAGGGAUAUAUCAGCUGGGUGAUGCUCAGCACAUGGAUGUGGACAUCAGGCUGGUCGUGUCAUGUUGAAACUAACGUGAUAUGUAGAUAUCUGUGGUAUCUGUAUACAUUCAGAAAGUGCUAA